UCCAUUUUCACUACUCUAACGGUAUUGGUGUUGUAUAACUAUAAACCCUUGGCAGUUUGGAAUGUGGAAGAACUUUGAAUUACAGACUUACAGUGCAAAAACAAAACCUUAACCCAACCGGACCGGGUAUCAAAGGCAGAGAAGAGAGUAACAAGAUUGGGAACAAGAUUUGUUUAUCUCUGUGGGGACAAGCAAGACAAAAAUCAAGUUUGUUUUUGGGAAAAUCGUACCCCUGAACCUGAGUUGUUGUUUUUUUUUCUUGUUCGUAGGUUGCUUCGAACAGUUUAGAAUCAUGUCUUGGUGCACCAUUGAGUCCGAUCCCGGUGUGUUUACAGAACUCAUUCAGCAAAUGCAAGUGAAAGGAGUACAGGUUGAGGAACUGUAUUCAUUGGACCUUGACUCUCUCAACAGCCUUAGGCCUGUUUAUGGGUUGAUUUUUCUUUUCAAAUGGCGUCCAGGAGAAAAGGAUGAUCGUGUCGUUAUCAAAGAUCCCAACCCUAACUUGUUUUUUGCUAGUCAGGUAAUUAAUAAUGCUUGUGCUACCCAAGCGAUCUUGUCCAUUCUUAUGAAUUCACCAGAUAUUGAUAUUGGUCCAGAGCUGACGAAAUUGAAAGAAUUUACCAAGAAUUUCCCUCCUGAGCUCAAAGGUUUAGCCAUCAAUAACAGUGAGGCCAUACGUACAGCCCAUAAUAGCUUUGCCAGGCCAGAACCUUUUGUUCCUGAAGAGCAAAAGGUUGCUAGCAAAGAUGAUGAUGUUUACCAUUUCAUAAGCUAUCUACCUGUUGAUGGGGUACUAUAUGAGCUUGAUGGAUUAAAGGAGGGUCCCAUCAGCCUUGGUCAGUGCUCUGGUGGGCAAGGUGAUAUGGAAUGGCUGAAGAUGGUGCAGCCCGUGAUCCAGGAACGCAUUGAAAGGUAUUCCCAAAGUGAAAUAAGAUUUAAUCUCCUGGCAGUCAUCAAGAACAGGAAAGAGAUGUAUACUGCUGAGCUGAAGGAACUUCAGAAGAGGAGGGAGCGCAUUUUGCAGCAGCUAGCAGCAUCAAAGUCAGACAGACUUGUGGACAAUAGCAGUUUUGAGGCACUGAACAAUUCUCUCUCUGAAGUGAAUGCUGGGAUUGAAGCAGCUACUGAGAAGAUCUUGAUGGAGGAAGAAAAAUUCAAAAAAUGGAGAACAGAAAAUAUUCGGAGGAAACACAACUACAUACCCUUUUUGUUUAACUUUCUAAAGAUUCUCGCUGAGAAGAAGCAGCUGAAGCCCCUCAUUGAGAAGGCCAAGCAGAAAACAAGCAGCCCUCGGUGAAGAAUGUUUUAUACAACCUUUUAUGUGAAUUUUUCCCCGGAGAUAUGAGUAUGCCCAUAUGUAUCACGUUGCACUUAAUUAUUUUUUUUAGCAUUUUCUUAAGUGCUGAUGCACAAGCUUCUUCUGUUCCAAGGAUCUAACUCUACUUUCUUUGGUAAAGAUUCUUCAUUAGUUCUCUUUACUAAUGGUUCUGGAUUCAAUAAUAUACUGUUAGGGGAUGAA